UUCCGGUCUGUUCCCGGAAGAGGAGCCUCCUUCUUUUGCUCGUGGUAACGCGGCUGCCGUCGUUGGCCGUCGGCUCGUUUUCUCGCGGCCAUGAAACCUAUCCUGUUGCAAGGCCACGAGAGGUCGAUUACUCAGAUCAAAUAUAACAGGGAAGGCGAUCUCUUGUUUACCGUAGCCAAAGACCCAAUUGUUAAUGUUUGGUACUCUGUCAAUGGGGAGAGACUCGGCACGUACAAUGGACACACUGGUGCAGUCUGGUGUGUGGAUGCUGACUGGGACACGAGGCAUGUGCUGACUGGGUCUGCGGACAACAGCUGCCGCCUGUGGGACUGUGAGACAGGGAAGCAGCUUGCUCUGGUCAAGACCAACUCCGCUGUGCGAACAUGUGGCUUUGACUUCGGGGGCAACAUCAUCAUGUUUUCAACGGACAAGCAAAUGGGCUACCAGUGUUUUGUGAGCUUCUUUGACCUCCGUGACCCCAGCCAGAUUGAAGACAAUGAGCCGUACAUGAAGAUCCCCUGCAAUGACUCCAAGAUCACCAGCGCUGUUUGGGGUCCCCUCGGGGAGUUCAUCAUCGCAGGGCAUGAGAACGGGGAGCUGAACCAGUUCAGUGCAAAGUCGGGCGAGCUGCUCAUCAACAUCAAGGAGCACACCAAGCAGAUCAAUGACAUCCAGACCUCCCGAGACAUGACCAUGUUCAUCACCGCCUCUAAGGACAACACGGCCAAGCUGUUUGACUCCACGAAUCUUGAUCACCUGAAAACGUUCCGGACUGAGCGGCCAGUGAACUCUGCAGCACUUUCUCCCAUCUUUGAUCAUGUGGUGCUGGGUGGGGGCCAGGAAGCCAUGGAUGUGACAACCACGUCCACCCGGAUCGGCAAGUUUGAGGCCAGGUUCUUUCACUUGGGCAUCGAGGAAGAGUUCGGGAGAGUGAAGGGCCACUUUGGCCCUAUUAACAGUGUUGCCUUCCACCCCGAUGGAAAGAGUUAUAGUAGCGGCGGCGAGGACGGCUAUGUUCGUAUCCACUAUUUUGACCCCCAGUACUUUGAGUUCGAGUUUGAAGUUUGAACUGGUUUGUUUCUCCACGUUUCCAGUUUUGCGUUCCCAGCAGUGCCGGCAGCCCCGCUUGUUUCUGAGUGAGGCUUAUGGGAAAGAAGCAGAGGCCGCCUGCGCUGCCGCCAUUUCUCUCUUCGGGAAAAGCAGUGGGAGGUUCAGCUGCUUGUCUGCUCUCAAGAAUGCCCACUUCCUGCCCUUUUGGAAUAUUUAUAAAGUAAUAUGGAAAGAAAUAAUAAACGCUCAUUUUCGUUUCAAACCACA